AUUAAGGGGUCUUGGAAGGACAAUCAACACUGAUGAAAGAGAGGGUGAUCAUGCGACUGAGUCUAGCUCUUAAGUGAAUCAAAUUGUUUCUGUGAAGCAGAGUACAGUUUUGUGUACAUUUAGUUCACCCUGAUGAAAGCAGCGAGUAGCAUUCAACAGAUAUUCAAAUUAUGGCAGUCAAACUAAGUAGGGAUUGGUCUAAAGAAAGAGCCCAGCCUGCCAUCUACUUCCUGAGUGCCUAUGUAGCACACCUGAGGCAUGGGAAGGAAAAGCCGUCAGCUCUUACAGGUGUGGUUCCACAGUAGGGGCCAUGCAGGAGAGACAGGACUUGCCUUUGGGGAAACUGCACCCACAGACACGAUGCCUGCGAUGUGGCGAAGUGCUGGAAUGGUCAGAGGAGCACAGUGUCCUGCUGGGCUGCUCCUGCUGUUCCACAGUGGAUGAAACACUGGAAGACGUGGCCAGAGGCCUGGCCAGCAGGAUGAAGCAAGAGUGGAGGGACUGGGCGGCAGGACGAGUGGGUGACAUCGACUUCACAGGACCUACAAAGACAAGAGGAAAGUUUGUGAGGGUCAGCAGAGACACAGACCCAGUGCUGAUCUAUCAGAUGCUGACAGAGGAGUGGGGCCUGGCUCCUCCACACUUGGUGGUGGCGCUGGUGGGAGGGGAUGAGCUUGCUCAAAUGAAGCCCUGGCUUAGGGACACUGUAAGAAAGGGACUGGUGAAGGCUGCACAGAGCACAGGUGCAUGGAUAUUGACAAAUGGCCUUCGUUUUGGCAUCACCAAGCACUUAGGUCAGGCCGUAAGAGAUCACUCAUUGGCUAGCACCUCCUCCAAAAUCCGUGUGGUAGCCAUUGGCAUUGCACCCUGGAACAUGAUCCACAACCGAGAAGCACUCCUCACAGCCAAGGUGGAUGAGCCUGCUGUAUAUAAGCCACAAGACCUGCCGCAUGGGUCAGUGUAUUCCCUAGAUAGUCAUCACUCUCACUUUGUGCUGGUGGAGGAGGAUCCAAGUCGACCUGGGGCCACGAGUGAAAUGAGAGUGAAGCUGCUCAAGCACAUUUCUCUUCAGCGCACUGGUUAUGGAGGCGCAGGCAGUUUUGAGAUCCCUGUUCUGUGUCUCUUGGUCCAUGGGGAGCCGAGGAUCCUGAAGAGGAUGUAUAAAGGCAUUGGCAAUUCAACACCAUGGCUGAUCCUGGCAGGCUCCGGGGGCGUGGCUGACAUCCUUGUCAUGCUGAUGAAUAGGGGUUCCUGGGAUACAGACAGUGUUCAUGAGCUACUGCUGGACACCUUUCCAAAUGCCCACCACAGCACAGACAUGAGUAACUGGGUCAGGCUGAUUCAGAAGAUACUUGAUCACGGGCAUCUCCUCACAGUCCACGACCCCGAACAGGAAAGUUCUGAGCUGGACACAGUCAUUCUUAAAGCUCUCGUCAAAGCUUGUAAAAGCCAGAGUCAGGAGGCUCAGGACUUCCUGGAUGAACUGAAGCUUGCUGUGGCCUGGAAUAGAGUGGACAUUGCAAAGAGUGACAUCUUUAAUGGUGAUGUGGAGUGGAAGGCGUGCGACCUUGAAGAAGUGAUGAUGGAUGCGCUGAUCAAUGAUAAACCAGACUUUGUGCGUCUCUUCGUUGACAACGGGGUCAACCUGGGCGAGUUCCUCACCUAUGGCCGUCUGCAGGAGCUCUACCUGUCUGUGUCAGAGAAGAGCCUGCUCCACAAUCUGCUCCUCAAAAAGUAUGAGGAGAAACAGCUUCUGCUUGGAGCAGCCAGGACACCGGGUCCGCCUGGGCACCACCCACCAGAGCAGGGGAAACCACGCUUCACCCUUUAUGAAGUUGCCAAAGUGCUUAAAGACUUUCUCCAUGACUCCUGCAAAGGUUUUUACCAGAAAAUUCCCACGGAGAAGCCAACAAAGGGCCGACUUUUCCACCACCAGAAAAAUGUUGCUGAGUUGGAGGAGCGCUGUGAGUAUCCGUGGAGGGAUCUUUUCCUCUGGGCUGUUCUUCAGAACAGACAGCAAAUGGCUAACUACUUCUGGGCUAUGGGCCCCGAGGCUGUGGCAGCAGCACUGGCAGGUUGUAAGAUUUUGAAAGAGAUGGCACGACUGGAGUCUGAGGCUGAGUCCGCUCGUAGUAUGAAGGAAGCCAAAUAUGAGCAGUUUGCCCUCGAUGUCUUUGGAGAGUGCUACUCUAACAGUGAAGACAGGGCUUAUGCUUUGUUAGUGAGGAGAACACAAUGCUGGAGCAAAUCAACUGUUCUUAAUUUGGCAACUGAGGCAGAUGCCAAGUCCUUUUUUGCCCAUGAUGGAGUACAGGCUCUCCUGACAAAAAUAUGGUGGGGGGCGAUGACAACUGACACAGCUAUCUCCAAACUCGUGGUGUCGUUCUUCUGCCCAGCGCUCAUUUGGACCAACCUCAUAAAAUUCAGUGAUGAGGAACUGGAUAAUCGUAAUGGUCAGAAGCAGUUUGUCGAGCUGGACAGUCUGGACACAGAGAAGGCUUUGCUGUUAACUGAUGAUGAUGACCCUUUGGACUCUCCAGCUGGAGAUCCAGCAACUCAGAGUUGUGCAUCUGUCUGGUGGCGUUUCUUACUCAGACGAUGGCGUCGAUUCUGGAGCGCUCCUGUCACUGUGUUCCUUGGUAAUGUCAUCAUGUACUUCGCCUUCCUCUGCCUCUUUACUUACGUGCUUCUGAUAGACUUUCGCCCACCACCACCUGCUGGGCCCGGACUCCCAGAGAUAAUACUCUACUUCUGGGUCUUUACCUUAGUGCUGGAAGAACUUCGUCAGAGUUUUUUCACAGACGAAGAGAUGAACAUCUUGAAAAAGUUCAAACUGUACGUUGAGGACAACUGGAACAAGUGUGACAUGGUUGCCAUCCUCCUCUUUGUUGUCGGGGUUUCGUGCAGAAUGGCUGAUGAUACGUACGAGGCAGGAAGAACAGUACUGGCCAUAGACUUUAUGGUUUUUACAUUACGGCUGAUCCAUAUCUUUGCUAUUCACAAACAGCUUGGACCUAAAAUUAUAAUUGUGGAAAGAAUGAUGAAGGACGUGUUCUUCUUCCUGUUUUUCCUGAGUGUUUGGAUGAUUGCGUAUGGUGUUGCCACCCAGGCUCUGCUCCACCCCAAUGACCCCAGGAUUGACUGGGUGUUCCGCAGGGCACUGUACCGCCCCUACUUGCACAUUUUUGGCCAGAUUCCUCUGGAGGAAAUAGAUGCUGCUCGCAUGCCGGAAAUAAACUGCACAAAUGACUCUGAGGAGAUUAUCGCAGGCUUGAGGCCACCGUGUCCCAACAUCUAUGCGAACUGGCUGGUCAUCCUACUGCUGGUCAUCUUCCUCUUGGUCACUAAUGUCCUUCUGCUUAACCUGUUAAUUGCCAUGUUCAGCUACACAUUCCAGGUAGUGCAGGGUAACACAGACAUCUUUUGGAAGUUCCAGAGAUACAACCUGAUUGUGGAAUACCACAGCCGCCCAGCACUGGCUCCACCCUUUAUCAUCAUCAGCCACCUCUCUCAGCUCUUCCUCAGCCUGGUCAAACAGCCUGAGUCCAAGCAAGAGCAUCUGGAGAGAGAAUUGCCAGUAGGCCUGGACCAGAGGCUGAUAACAUGGGAGACAGUGCAGGUGGAGAACUAUCUAGCCAAAUUGGAGCGACAGCACUGGGAGAGCAGCGAGGAAAGACUCAAGAGUACCUCAUCCAAGGUGCAGAGCUUGUUGAAGAUCGUGGCUGGUUUCAAGGAUCAGGAGAAAAGACUGACUUCCAUGGAGGAGCAGGUUCGAUACUGUGGGGAGGUGUUGUCCUGGAUGGCAGAGUGCUUUGCUCUGAGCACACUGAGGUGUGGGAAAGCUGCUCCAAAUGUUCCAUUGUCUCUAACUGGCUACAAAGCUUGCAGCUCCAAAGAUGCAUCGCCACAUCAGACAGAGAAAGAAGUCAAACAGGACAGAAAAGAAGACAGGUCAGGUCAUCAAGGUUAUGGAGCCAACAAAAAGUUUCCUUACAUUGAUGAAUAACAAUGACAGCAGUAGCUGGUAACAAACAAGCAUGUAGGUGAUUGACGUAAGACUAUUUUCUCAUGUUGUGUAAAUGGAGAAAAAUAUUAACAUUUGGUUUAUUUGGAUUUUAAGAAAAUUUUUGGUAGGAAACGUUUAAAGUUUCUACUUCAUGGAGCAAAUAGCAAAAAUCAGAUACAGAUCAGGUUUGAUCUAAAAGAACAUAGAUGACUGUAGUAAACAUUUGUUUGUACACUAGUGUGUGAUUUUCAAAUAGCAUAAUUUAAAUAUAUGUCCUAACUGUUUGGGUUGGCAAAUAUGAAAAACUAUAUGUGAGGAAAGUCAUUAAAUGAAUCACGUGACACCAGCAUGUUUAUGUUUCCUUCAUGACAAACAGGAAUAAAGUUUUUUUUAAAUUGCUAAAUCCAUUUUUAGAUGAUGUGCAAAUUUUACUGCAGUGCAACUUGGAAUGUAUUGGUGAAAAUAUUGACAAUCAGAUGAAAGAUGUCACAGUCAAAAUAAAAAAUGAGAAUUUAUUUUUAGAGUAAAGGCACAAAUAUGAAGGUCAUUUGUGGAGAGACAAACAUAAUAUGAGAGGCACCACACAAGACAUGUCAGCUAUGAUAUGUGACAAAAAUCUUUCAGGUUGAGCAAAUCUUACACUGAUGAAGUCACAUCACCCUGAAACCAACCUGUCAUUUCUUAUACAUAUAUAUAUAUAUCCUACAGACGUGUUUAAAAACAAUGGAUCAAUAGGU